AUGAAUUCUUCCUCAGAUUUGCAAGUUAUUUCUUCCUCAGAUCUGCAACUUACUUCUUCCUCAGAUCUGCAAGUUAUUUCUUCCUCAGAUCUGCAACUUACUUCUUCCUCAGAUCUGCAACUUACUUCUUCCUCAGAUCUGAAAGUUAAUGAUAAUCCAAAGCCAAAAAAGACACACUUAGAAAAAGCCAAGCAAGCAAGUAUAAAGAAAAGAGCUAAGGAAAUUAUUGCAGUUCAUAUAAUAGAGCAUGCAUGGCUUGCUCAUGUGUAUAAAACAAUGUUUCAGCUCCUGAAACACACAAUUUGUGCAGUGGAACAUUAUGUGGCAUACGAAGUACUAAAGGGAAUGUGCCCCUUAGAGGCUCAGCUGAUUAAAGAUCCUAGCAUGAAGUAUAAAGUCAGAUUCAGAUUUAGUGGUGAGGAAUUUCCACCUUUCAUCGUGUUUAAAAUUUUUCUUCAUACAGAAGGUCGGGGUUACAAGUAUAUUAGUGGAAAAAAUAUAAUGAAGUCAUCAAAUGAGACAUUAUCUAGUGCUUGCAAAAUGAUGGGGAACAGUAAAUUUACUAGCCAAAUUUUGGAAGAUGAACGCCUUUUCCAGCAGUUCAAAAUAACUGAUGAAGUGGAUAUUGUCACAUUGAAAGAUUACAUGCAAUAUACCAGCCUGAUGGAUGAGAUUCCUGCAUAUUCUGGUGGCAGAAAUAACCAAUGGAGAAGAUUAACCCUCCAAAACCUUCCCAGGACAAUGAUGAUAUAUGACAUAGUUGAUUAUUCAGAGUCUGGGACAAUCUCAGACCGUUUACAAAAAGAAAUGAGGUAUCUAUCACAGAGACCAAAAACAGAGGAGAUGCGUCAGCACCAGCUACGAAUUAUUUCUGAAGUUAGAUUUCCUUCACCAUCAUUAAGCAUCAAACCUACAUAUCUACAGCCAUAUAGAAAACAGAGUGAGGUGAAACAUCUGGGUCGUCGAUCCAAACAAGCUCAAAUGAAAGUUGAAAAAAUGAGAAAGGCGUAUAAGGCACAUAAAGAGGAAAAUGCUCCUCCAGAACCAAAAAAGAGUCCACGUGUAAAGAAACAAGAAAUCAUCUUCUCCACACCAUCUUUUGACAUUGUGAAAGUCCGGCAAGCCACACCAGAUGAAGAAUGGGGAAGAGAAGAAGAGGAAUUAUAUGCCUGGUCUCAAGCCUCAUAUUAUGAUAAGUCUGUUUGA